AGUAUUUUGGGUAGAGAAGAGGAUCAUGAAGUAGUAAAAGAAUAUGACACCAAAUCAUCCGGCUUUUUCUCCAACUUUCAACCAUGGCAAACCUAUUGCACUUUACUCACUUGCUGUAUUCCAAAACAAUGUCUCAGAUUUGCAGGUAAAAUAAAUGCAGGUACACAACAAUAAAAAAGAGCGGCCCCUUAAAUCUAUUCUAGGUGUCCCAGAUGGUCCUGCACAGAUGGCUUGGCGAGAAAAGAUCGGCUUGGUCAGCUUUAUUCUUUUCAUCAUGGGAUGCGUUGGCUUUCUUACCUUUGGAUUCACUCAGGCUGUAUGCCCUGUGCCUCCGUUAAGUCUCAAAGGUGGGCAGGUGAACACGGGUUAUUUGAUCAUCGAUGGUUGGGCCUAUAUGCUUGCUUCUUGGGAUCAUCCGAUAGGUAUCACCAACACGACGAUAAAUGUGCUUUAUCCACCAAUCAACGCAGGUGGUAUGGACGCUACCUUUCUAUUCCAAUCUCCCAAACCACAGUGUGCGUCGAUCUUUACAUCCCUUCAAGGUGAUCAGCCCAUUUACUUUCCUUGUCAGCUAUUCAACCCCAAUCAGACUGAUCCUCCUUCUCCUUCUGAAUUUAAUAAUAGAACCUCAUGCCAUUUAUCAUCAGCCGCAAGAUCCAUGUAUCAUCAAUUUCAAACGGAAGGGGUACCGAAAUCAGGAGGUAACCAAUUGGAUAAAGCAGGAAGAGUAUAUUAUGAUUGGCAGGACGUACGUACGGCUGAUUCACUCACUGUCUAUAAUGGAAACGUACUCAAUCUGAAACUACUUCAGUCUUUACCAACCGACUACUUUCAGGUCCCAGAAAACGGUCUCAUUGCUCAAAUGAUGUCAGAUCCUGCAAGUUUUGCAGGCACCGAUAUCACAAGAAUGAUCAGUGCCAGUGCUGAUCCUGCAUCGAAGCUUUGGGAAAGAGAAGCGCAGUGUUUGUCAGCUACGAUUAAGGUCGGUUCACUCGAUACCGUCAGCAUCGGAUGCAUGGCAUCAGACAUUGUCCUCUACGUCUCUCUUGCCGUCAUCCUCGGUGUCAUCCUAAUUAAAUUCUUCUUGGCCGUUAUAUUUGGCUGGUUUCUUUCUUGGAGACUAGGAGACUUUAAUGAAGGUGGAUCGUAUGCUGCCAGAAUGCAACGUGCCGCUGAAAUCGAGGACUGGACAGAAAACAUGCAAGCAAGUGCACCGCUUAGCAAGCCCAAGGCAUACUCUAGAAAACGUAAAACCUUGUUUCCACAGACGUCAAGAUUCACACAGCCUAUUCCUGGAUCUACUCGGUUCGAUGUGACAGGUUCAAUGAUAUGGAAGACCCCAAACAGUGCACUAGAAGGGUACAUGCAUCGACAAAUGGACGGAACAAGUAAGGCCUCUGUCUUUUAUAAUAUGAAUGCCUCGGGCGCUACAUCAAGUCGACUUUUGUCAGCUGAAGGAUUCUCUGUCGCAUCGUCCUCCGCAGAAGCUGAGCUUCCCACAUGUCCCCUUCCGCUCUCGCCCCAUGUCCUUCAUCAACCUCCUGCAGACUACAUGCCAUUCAACUACCCGCUAGCCCACACGAUCUGCCUGGUCACUUGUUAUUCAGAGGGUGAAGACGGUAUCCGCACUACACUCGACUCGAUUGCGACCAGUGACUAUCCAAAUAGCCACAAGUUGCUUUUGGUUGUCUGCGAUGGUUUGAUUACAGGAUCAGGAGAAACCAAGUCUACACCCGAAAUUUGUAUCAGCAUGAUGCGCGAUCUGAUUGUCCCUGCAGAUGAGGUUCAGCCAUAUGCUUAUGUAGCCCUUGCCGACGGUGCGCGACAGAACAAUAUGGCCAAGGUGUAUGCUGGCUUCUACAAGUACAAUGACGCGACGGUCAACCCAGAGCACCAGCAACGUGUGCCGAUGAUCACCAUUGUCAAAUGCGGAACAGAGCAGGAACGUCAAAAGCCAGGUAAUCGAGGCAAACGCGACUCCCAGAUUAUCCUGAUGCAGUUUAUGCAAAAGGUUAUGUUUGAUGAGCGCAUGACCAUGAUGGAAUACGAAUUCUUCAACAGUAUCUGGCGUGUCACUGGUGUGCCUCCGGACCGGUAUGAGAUUGUGCUCAUGGUCGAUGCCGACACAAAGCUCUUUCCUGAUGCUCUAUCCCGUUUAAUCUCUUGCUCCGUCAAGGAUCCCGAGAUCUCUGGACUCUGUGGAGAGACUAAAAUUGCGAACAAGACCGAUAGUUGGGUAUCCAUGAUCCAAGUGUUUGAGUAUUAUAUAUCACAUCACCAAUCCAAAGCGUUUGAAAGCAUCUUUGGUGGCGUGACCUGUUUACCAGGCUGCUUUUGUAUGUACCGCAUUAAGGCGCCCAAGGGACCUGAUGGCUAUUGGGUACCUAUUCUUGCCAAUCCCGACAUCGUAGCCAAGUACUCAGAAAACGUGGUAGACACCUUGCACAAGAAGAACCUUUUACUCCUUGGUGAGGAUAGAUAUUUGUCCACCUUGAUGCUUCGAACCUUUCCCAAUCGUAAGAUGAUGUUUGUUCCUCAGGCAGUGUGCAAGACGGUCGUUCCAGAUACAUUCAAGGUGCUUUUAUCUCAACGCCGCCGCUGGAUCAACUCGACCAUCCACAACCUGAUGGAACUUUUAUUUGUUCACGACCUCUGCGGCACGUUCUGCUUUUCAAUGCAGUUUGUCAUCUUUAUGGAACUUGUGGGCACACUUGCCUUACCAGCUGCCAUCUCGUUCACUAUAUACUUGAUUAUCAUGGCUAUCCUUGGCCAGCCUGCGCUCAUUCCACUCAUCUUGCUUGCAAUCAUUCUCGGCCUCCCUGCUGUCUUGAUCGUGAUGACUAGUCGCAAGAUUGUCUAUGUUGGUUGGAUGCUUGUGUACCUCAUCAGCUUACCCAUCUGGAACUUUAUCCUGCCUACUUAUGCCUACUGGCACUUUGAUGACUUCUCCUGGGGAGAUACCCGCAAGGUCGCUGGUGGCGACAAGGGUAACCAUGGUGAUAAGGAAGGUGAAUUCAACAGUCGAUUGGUAACCAUGAAGAAAUGGAGCGAGUAUGAAAAGGAAAGAAGAAUCAAGGAAGCCUUAGAGCGACAUUUGCCUGUACCUCGAUUUGCUAAUGAUCGAAGAGGUUUCGAAGUCUAUCAGGGCCCCUUAUUGAAGCGUUCAAGUGAAAGAUCAACAGGAUCUGAUGAUAGUAAAAUACCUCUGACGGAACACGACGUUGUAAAUCCAGUAUCCAAACGUGUCAAAGAAGAUCCCAUUCCACUCAAUGUGUUGGAUCAUCAGGAUUCCCAUUAGAACUGAAGUGCUAAAAUAACAUAUAUACCCCGUUUCUCUCAUGUACAUGCAU